AUGAACUGACUGAGGCGCGGUCUAAGAUCUGUUACCCAUGACACAGAAGGGAGGGAAACCUUCGAAGCAGAUAGAAUAAUCACCAAAGGCGGCUUUGCCUCGGGGAGGCCUGCUUUUGUUUCUUCUCUACAGGAAUGAUUUGCAGCUGGACCCCGACCCAGACCAGGAAGGCAACCUGCAUCAUGUGGUUACUAAUUGCUCUUCAUUUACCUAUUGAUGCCUCCCAAAAAGAGACUCCAAAGACAGUCCCGCAAAGCCCAGCUGCUAUUCCACCAACAGCCACUGGAGGGCCCCAAACACCAUUAUGACUCUCUCCAGCAGCCCAUUACCCACACUGUACAGGUGCCCAGCAAGCCCAUUGAUCAGGGCACCAUCACAUCCUGGGUAUUACCUCAGUUUGAUACAAAAGCUGAAAGCCAGUUUCCAGCACACCGGAAACAUCGUCCCCGAGACCAGGCAAGGCACUUAACUCGGAGAUCUACCUGUAAGUUCCCACGUCUAACCUUCGAGAGUCCACCAUCUUCCAGUUCAGAGACAUUGUUGAUAUCCUUGAACAGAGAAGAGCCCUGUCAAGCAGAAAAGGACACUCCCAGAAGGCCUUUAGUGCCACUGCUCAGUCCCCAGAGCUGUGGGGAACUGUCAGGGCAUGCACUUCAAAGCUUAUCUCACGUGUUCAUGCCCCCUGAUAUCCAGACCCCGGGAUCAUCUGUGAGAGAAGAUCCCGUUUCCCCAGAUCAGAAGGAAAACAGCCUUGCAGGAUGCAUCUUUGGCCCUACAACUCCCAACAGCCCAGAGCCUGGGCCUGUUCUGGUUAAGGACACCCCUGAGGAGAAGUAUGGGAUAAAGGUCACAUGGAGACGCAGAAGGCACCUGUUUGCUUACCUUAAGGAGAAAGGGAAGCUGGACAAGAGCCAGUUCCUUGUGAAGAUCUGACUGGAUGUCACAGACUUCAGUUCAUCUCAAAGCUGCUGAUGGUCGUCGUCUCUAAAGUCUCUUCUCUGGCUUGAAAGGAUGAAAUGGAGUGGACACCAACAGGAGGGAGACUUAGCCGGAGGCCUGGAGUUGGAAGUCGGUUUCUAGAUUGGCUUUUUAAGCCACCUCAUAUCGAGAAGAGUUGAAUUUAGUGUCAUGAACUGCUGGUAUUUUACUCAUACGAACUGUUUAAACCUCUAAAGUAUCUUGUACUGUUUACAAUGUUUGUAAAUAAAUGGCUGCCCCGA